UCCUAUGGCUUUCCUAAACAAUGGGAACCACACUGCAGUGACAGAGUUCAUUUUAUUGGGAUUAACAGAUAAUGCAGUCCUUAGAGUUGUUCUCUUCACCAUCAUCCUGUGCAUCUACCUGGUGACUGUGUCUGGGAACUUCAGCACCAUUCUUCUCAUCAGAGUCUCUUCCCAGCUCCAUCACCCCAUGUACUUUUUUCUCAGCCACUUGGCUUCUGUUGAUAUGGGCCUUUCAUCUUCUGUCACACCCAAUAUGCUUGUUAACUUCCUGACUGAGAGACAUACCAUCUCUUACCUUGGAUGUGGCAUCCAGCUCAGCUCAGCUGCUUUCUUUGGGACAGUUGAAUUCUUCCUUCUGGCUGCCAUGGCUUAUGAUCGCUUCGUAGCAAUCUGUAACCCACUGCUUUAUUCCACAAAAUUGUCCACACAAGUCUGUAUCCAGUUGGUUAUAGGAUCUUAUGUAGGGGGUUUCCUUAAUGCUUCAUUUGUAACUCAUUUCUUUUUUUCUUUUCUCUUCUGUGGACCAAAUAGAGUUAAUCACUUUUUCUGUGAUUUUCCUCCUAUUAUGGAACUCUCCUGUUCUGAUGUGAGUGUCUCUGGAAUUGUUAUCUCAUUUACUGCUGGCUCAAUCUCUAUGACCACAUUGAUUGUUAUAGUCAUAUCUUAUUUCUAUAUCCUCAUCACCAUCCUGAAGAUGCACUCCACUGAGGGUCGCCAAAAAGCCUUCUCCACUUGUACCUCCCACCUCACUGCAGUCACUCUUUCUUAUGGAACUGCCACAUUCAAUUAUGUGAUGCCAAAGUCCACCUACUCUGGGGACCAGAACAAGGUGGUGUCUCUGUUCUACACGGUAGCAAUCCCCAUGUUGAAUCCCCUCAUCUACAGCCUCCGGAAUAAUGAGAUUAAGGGUGCCCUGAAAAGACAAUUUUAUAGGAACAUAUUGUUAUAG